AUGCCUACUCCGGAGUCCGCCGCCUUCCUCGCCAAAAAGCCUACCGUCCCCCCGACCUACGAGGGUGUCGAUUUCGAGGACAACGUCGCCGUUCACAAUGCCCGUGACGCUAUCAUCCGUGAGCAGUGGGUUCGCUCAAUGAUGUCACGACUUGUUGGUGAGGAGCUUGGAAAGUGCUAUGCGCGCGAGGGCGUGAAUCACUUCGAGAAGUGUGGUGUCUUGCGAGAGAAGUACUUCGAGCUCCUGAAGGAACGUAAGGUCAAGGGUUACUUGUUCCAGGAGAAGAACCACUUUGGUGGCGAGAAGGCCUAA